AACAAGACAUGCUACGUAUCCCCUUCCACCAACAACUCUGACGCCUCCCCUUCCAUCCUUGCCGCCUUCCAGUCCUGCAACAAUGGCGGCACCAUAGUCCUCGACGGCGAGUACACCAUCGCCAGCCGCCUAGACCUGACCUUCCUCAGCGCCGUGGACGUGGCCAUCUCCGGCACGCUCACCUUCUCGGACGACAUCGCCUACUGGACGGGCGGCGGUGCGUUCGAGAUCACGUACCAGAACUCGUCUGCCUUUUGGAAGAUUGGAGGCUCCGACGUGAACAUCUAUGGUGGCGGAGUGGGCGUGCUGGACGGGCAGGGCGAGCUGUGGUGGAACGAGUCCUUGACAAACGAUACUUUGCUCCGCCCCAUCUUGUUCGUGGCGGACGGUUUGGAGGGUGCAACUAUUUCGGGCUUGAAUUAUGUCAAUCCGCCAAAUUGGUUCAACCUCAUCGCCAACAGCAGUGAUGUGACCAUUAGCAACUUGAACCUCUCUGCGGUCUGGAGCACAGGGGACGAGACGCCCAACACAGACGGGUGGGACAUCUACAGGUCCGACUCGGUUGUGGUGCAAGAUUCGAAGAUCAACAAUGGCGAUGACUGCGUGUCGUUCAAACCCAACAGCACAAACAUUGUAAACCUAAUCUGCAACGGCUCGCACGGGAUUUCCGUCGGCUCUCUAGGCCAGUACGUGGACGAGUACGACAUCGCCGAGAAUAUUACUGUCUACAACAUCUCCAUGAGCAAUGCGAGCGACGGCGCGCGCAUCAAGGUGUGGCCGGGCGUCGAGAGCAGCGAGGGUGCUCUGCUGGAUGGUGGCGGCGGUUCGGGAUAUGUGAGGAAUGUCACGUACCAAAUUCUGAACAAUACGGAUAACACGUGGGCCAUCGAGGUCAACCAGUGUUACGGACAGAGCAACGAAACUCUAUGUGAGCUGUACCCGUCCAAAAUGACCAUCUCUGAAAUCUACUUUGAAGAUUUCUCUGGUACAACAUCAUCAGCCGAAGAACCCUACGUCGGCACACUGGUCUGUUCUUCCUCCUCGCAAUGCUGGGAUAUCUAUGCAAGCAACAUCAACGUUUCGCCGCCCGACGGUGCUGCGCCCGAGUGGGUCUGCAGUGGUUUCAAUACGUCU